AUGACCGCAACGAUACACGAGCUGAACAGCACGAAAGAGCUGAGCCAGAGAUCCGAUGAUGUACAAGACGAAUCGGCCGGCGAACCCGAAAUCGUGCAGAUUUCACCGUUCUCCUUUAUCUCACUGAUGGUGGGCAUCAGCCUUGCCGUCUUUCUCAUCGCACUUGACCGCACCAUCAUUGCGAAUGCCAUCCCACUCAUCACUGACGAAUUCAAUUCACCAGAUGAUGCAGGCUGGUACGGGUCUGCGGCAACAUGCGCCUUCCAGCCGAUAUUUGGUCGCGUGUUCGCACAUUUCGAUAUCCGAUGGUCGUUUCUAGCCGCACUGUUGAUCUUCGAGCUUGGCAGUCUGAUAUGCGGCGUGGCUCCUAACAGUGACGUUCUGAUCAUCGGACGAGCCUUGGCUGGGAUCGGCUGUGCAGGCGUCUUUGCCGGGUGUCUUGUCAUUAUAGCUAUGACAACGUCUUUGAGCGUCCGACCAGUGUACAUGGGCGUGAUCGGAUCGGUGUCCGGCAUCGGCAAUGUUUGCGGACCGCUGAUCGGAGGCGCCUUCACCAGUAAUGCCACUUGGCGUUGGUGCUUCUAUAUAAAUCUGCCAGUCGGAGGUGUCACAUGCAUUCUGCUUCUUUUAUUCUUCCACCCUUCAAAAUCAAAUCGCGGACAAGAGAGGUUCUUGACACGCGUCCUACGGCUCGAUCUGAUCGGCAACUUCAUCCUCACCGUCACAGUGGUAAUGCUGCUGCUGGCCCUCCAAUGGGGGGGUAUCGAGUACGGCUGGGGCAGCUCGAGGAUCAUCGGCCUUCUCGCCGCAUCAGGGGUUGGCUUCGUGAUUUUCGGGCUGUGGCAGCACAGGAAAGGCACUGAGGCAUUGACACCGCUCUAUAUCAUGACUCAGCGUGGUGUUGCCGCCGGUAUUGGUGUCAUGUUCUUCCUCAGCGGCGCGUUUCUUGUUCACAGCUACUACUUGCCAUACUGGUUUCAAGCAGUGCGUGGGCGUACACCCGUUCAGUCCGGCGUCGACGUCACUCCGUAUGUCGCCACAACUUUCGUCUUCUCCAUGCUUGCUGGCAUUGCCGUCCGGAAGAUUGGUUACUUCACUCCUCCAUCCAUCCUAGGCUGUGCAAUAGGCUGUGUCGGCUGCGGGCUGUUGACAACGCUGCAAGUGGAUACGGGCACCGCGGUAUGGGCUGGAUACCAAGUGCUGACGUCUGCGGGCAUGGGAAUGACAAUGCAGCAGCCCAUCAUUGCGGUGCAGGCAACGAUCGAUCCCGCACUAGUCUCUAUCGGCAGCGCCAUAAUACUCUUUGCGCAAGGCCUGUCUGGCGCCAUCUUCGUUUCCGUGGCCAACAACAUCCUGCGGAAUGAGCUCGCGCGCAAAUUGGUGGCAUUGAAUGUACCCAAUGUGAACAAAAUCCUAGCAGCGGGCGCGACAGACGUGCGGGAGCUCGUCCCGUUGGAGUACAAGGGGCCACUUGUUGAGGCCUACAACGAUGCAUUGAUGAAGGUUUUCAUGAUGGCUAUUCCGCUUUGUGGCAUAGCUCUGCUGUUUGCUUUGAGAUUGCCGUGGGUUAAUUUGAAGAAGAAUCAAGCGGGGAAGACGUGA